AUGCCGCCUAAUCCACCCGAGGAGUUUUCGCCGGCAACGGUUUCUGCAUAUAUUCCUGAAUUAGAGACCACCACCUCUAAACAUUCUAUACAUUCACCAUCAAAGAGACGCAACACCAAUCCACAUAGUUUUCCGCAACCUUCGAAUAACAUGAGCACAACCACAACAAGCCUCAUGGGUACAUCGCUGACAGAUGGUCCUCGAAUUGACACCGACUUUGUGAUACGCGGAUACCAACAGAAGCAAGCUCCUCCACGGAAAAGAUCUUUUUCCAAACCUCCUCAAGAUCCCCAAUCCUUAACACUGACUUCCACAACCCCUGUCAUAAAUUCGAACUUGUAUAACAAUAAUAAUUUUGAAAAGUCAAAAACUUCUCGUUUUGACGUAUCCAAUUUACAUUCCAUAGAUUUCGGUCGGUCAUACAAAUCAAAUAGUCUUCUUGGUAAACUGCGUCAGCAAUAUGAAGCGGUGGAAAAGGAAAAGGUUACUUCAAAUCUGGCCUCGCGAACUCAACCUUCCGAGAAAUCCCAUUCACCGCCAAUUAAUG